AUGUACACUAAAGCCGCCUUCUCUAUUCUACUCGCCCUCGCGCUCACCUCCACCUCCCGCGCUGCCAGCUCUGCCAUGGUGAAGAAUCUGUGCAGCACAACAGUGUGGAUCACUUCCAUCGAUUCUCAUGGGGGCCCCACCACCUCGCUUCAACCUGGCCAAACUUGGUCUGAAGAGCUUCACUUUGACCCCGUCACUGGCGUAGCCAUCAAGGUUACUACAACUAAGAACGGGUUGGCAACGGGGAAGCCGGAGAUUGACUUUACCUACACUCUGAACCAACCUGAGGGAAUGGUGUAUUAUGACCUGAGUACUGUUAACAAGAUGGAUGCCCCUUUCACGAAUGGACAAUUACUAGUCACAACCCCGAGUGUCGACUGCCCUUCCAUUUCCUGGCCGAAUAGCCGGCAGCCCCCAGAUGACCGAACGGAGGCGUGCCAAAUAACUGACAUUCUUCUUACGCUUUGUGCGCCGCUCUAGGCGAUCUCCACCGUCUCGAUAUGGAAAGAUUGGAUUUGUUAGAUAACGGACGGGGAUGGAUAGGCAUGGAGGGAAGAUGAACUGGUUGAAUGAUCGCAUAACGAAGACGCGUUAAGGGGG